ACUUGGCGUGGGGGCCCCUUCGGUCGGUCCCGGCGGCGGUGGGCGUGGGUUUGCUGGUGCACUCGCGCGGGCCGGUGAGAGUGCGGGAAGAGACGUGAGGGCUUGAGUUAGGUGUCCAGGGAGCGUGGCCUGCCGUGGGGCUGAACACCGACACCAUGUGGGUCCAGGUGCGGACCAUGGAUGGCAAGGAGACUCACACCGUGGACUCGCUGUCCAGGCUGACCAAGGUAGAAGAACUGAGGCGGAAGAUUCAGGAGCUAUUUCACGUGGAACCCGGUUUGCAGAGGCUCUUUUACAGGGGCAAGCAGAUGGAGGACGGCCACACGCUGUUUGAUUAUGAUGUGCGCCUCAAUGACACCAUCCAGCUGCUGGUGCGCCAGAGCUUGGUGCUCCCAUCCAGCCAGGAGAGGGACUCAGAGCUCUCAGACACGGACUCGGGCUGCUGCCUGGGCCAGAGUGAGUCGGACAAGUCAUCCACACAUGGCGAGGGGGCUGCCGACGCAGAUAGCAAGGCUGGCCUGGCAGACAAGGAUGUGGCUGAGACUGAGCAGGGGCUCUAUAAGGUGAACGAGUACGUGGACGCACGGGACACAAACAUGGGUGCGUGGUUCGAGGCGCAGGUGGUUGGGGUGCUUCGGAAGGUGAGGAUGGCUGAGGACAAGCCCUGCAGCUCCACCACCAGCCCAACACCCGAGGAGAAUGUCAUCUACCGCGUGAAAUACGAUGACUACCCCGAGAACGGCGUGGUCACCAUGCAGUCCCACAAUGUGCGUGCACGGGCCCGCACCAUCCUCAAGUGGCACGAGCUGGAGGUGGGCCAGGUGGUCAUGCUCAACUACAACUCCGACCACCCCAGGGAGCGCGGCUUCUGGUACGACGCCGAGAUCUGCAGGAAGCGUGAGACGCGCACGGGGCGGGAGCUCUACGCGAACAUCAGGCUCGGGGACCAUUCCCUCCACAACUGUCGCAUCGUCUUCAUGGACGAGGUAUUCAAGAUUGAGCGCCCAGGCGAGGCCCCCCCCGUGGUUGAGAACCCCAUGAGACGCAAGAGUGGCCCGAGCUGCAAGUACUGCAAGGACGACCCCAACAAGCUGUGCCGCAUAUGCGCCUGCCACCGGUGCGGGGGCCGGGAGGCACCCGACAAGCAGCUGAUGUGUGACGAGUGCGACAUGGCGUACCACCUGUACUGCCUGGACCCGCCGCUCAGCAGUGUGCCGCCGCCCGAGGAGGACUGGUACUGCCCCGAUUGCCGGAACGAGCCCAGCGAGGUGGUGCUGGCUGGGCAAAGGCUGCGAGAGAGCAAGAAGAAGGCGAAGAUGGCGUCGGCCACGUCAUCCUCUCAGCGGGACUGGGGAAAGGGCAUGGCGUGCGUGGGGCGCACGAAGGAGUGCACUAUUGUCCCGUCCAACCACUAUGGACCCAUCCCAGGCAUCCCUGUGGGGACCAUGUGGCGGUUCCGCGUGCAGGUCAGUGAGUCCGGUGUCCAUCGGCCUCACGUUGCAGGCAUCCAUGGGCGGAGCAAUGAUGGGGCCUACUCCUUGGUCCUGGCUGGGGGCUAUGAGGACGAUGAGGACAAUGGGAAUUCUUUCACCUACACAGGUAGUGGUGGCCGAGAUCUUUCUGGCAACAAGCGGACUGCUGGGCAGUCAUCUGACCAGAAACUCACCAAUACCAACAGGGCGCUGGCUCUCAACUGCUACGCCCCCAUCAACGACAAGAAGGGCGCAGAGUCCAAGGAAUGGCGCUCGGGGAAGCCAGUGCGGGUCGUGCGAAACAUGAAGGGCGGCAAGCACAGCAAGUACGCACCUGCGGAGGGCAACCGCUAUGAUGGGAUCUAUAAGGUCGUGAAGUACUGGCCUGAGAAGGGCAAGUCUGGCUUUCUCGUGUGGCGCUACCUCCUGCGCAGGGAUGACGUGGAACCUGGGCCCUGGACCAAGGAAGGGAAGGACCGCACCAAGAAGCUGGGGCUGACCAUGCAGUAUCCAGAGGGUUACUUGGAAGCCCUGGCCAACCGGGACAAGGAGAACAAGAGGGCGGCCGAGGAGCAGGAAGACCUGUCGCCCUCCAAGAAGGGCAAGUGGAAGCGGAAGUCAGCAGGCCAGAGUGGGUCUCAGCCUCAGACCACCAAGAAGACCAAGCUGGAGCCCUACAGACUCACGGCUGAGCAGAGCAACCUCAUCAAGGCGGAUGAGAGCAACACGAAGCUGUGGACCGAGGUCCUCACGGCGCUCAGAGAAGGCUUGUUCCAGGUGUUCCUGAGCAAGGUGGAGGAGACGUUCCAGUGCAUCUGCUGCCAGGAGCUGGUGUUCCAGCCUGUCACCACUGUGUGCCAGCACAACGUGUGCAAGGACUGCCUGGACAGGUCAUUCCGUGCCCAGGUCUUCAGCUGCCCGGCCUGCCGCUAUGACCUGGGCCGUGGCUACGCCAUGCAGGUGAACACGGCACUCCAGACCAUCCUCAGCCAUUUCUUUCCCGGCUAUGGCAGCGGCCGGUGAUCCCCGAGCACUUCCGGCGGCGCUGGACCCGUCCCCGUGCCUGGCGUUGGCCUUGUUCCUAGUGGGCUUAACUUAAAACAUGUAGUUUCCCUCUGCUCCCUCAAAGCCUUGUCUUCCUGUUUUUGUUUUUGUUGUUUCUUAAUGUAUACGUUUUCAGGAAUUUCCAAGUUCUAGCUGAAAGUUGGACUUGUGUUUGGUUUAGUUGUAUCAGAACUAUAAAGCUGCAAUUUAUCUGCAUGAGAUGGGAUGGGCCCCGCGGCCUGAGGCUGCGCCCUGGCACUCCUGUGGAGUUCAGAAGCUCUCAGAAGCUCCCGCCACAGACUGCUAAGAAGGCGACCGCUGGCUGCCCAGAGCCAAAUGUGAGGUUUGGGGGAGUCCCCGAGGUCCCCCCUCCCCAGUGUCAAAGCCGGUCGUCUUUCUGGUGGCAGCAAGUUGGUUCCUGGCGGGUCCUUGCCGACUGCCUAGAGGCGGCUAAGCGGACAGGAUGCUCAGCUGGGCAGACUCGCCUGCAAGCUAUCCAUGGGCACCUCGGCCGGCCGGGGUCCUCUAUCCCCGCCUGCCCGCCGGAGGACAGCAUCUGCCUGGCCUCCAUGGGGCCGCUGGGGCGGUGGGGAGCGCGGAGCCCUGUCCAAGUGCCUUCGCUCGUCCUUCACAAGACGGGGCUCUUCCUUUUUAGCACUGAAGUUUUGAAAAAUGCCAACCAGAUUUUCUAAAUACUGCGCCUGUUCCUUCCUUCCUCGUGCUGAGUGGGUGUUAGGGGUGGUUUGAGUUUCACCCAUCUUUUUUUUUUUUCUAAAACUCAGCAACUGAAACUUACAAGGGGGGAUUUUGUUUUUUAUUUUUUUUUUGUACCGAAUGCUUUUUGAAAUGAAUUUUUUUUUUUUUGUAGCAUAUGUACCAAGAAAGAUAUAACUUAGGAUUUGGUUGUAUUUUUUUAUACUUUUUUUGAAGGGUUUGUUCAUUUUUCUAACUUUACCAAAGUUUGCAGCGUAUACCUCAGUAGACCCAGGGAUGUUUUAAAUCACGUAACUGCAAACAGACUGAAGCAAUACUAUUUUUAAAGGGUUUUUUUUGUUUUUUUUUCUUACUAGACUGUUAAUGUAUUAGGGAAGAAAUAACGAAAUUCUGUGUAGGCUUUUUCCGAAGUUCGAUAUUCUUUGUGCAGAUUUUAGAUUCUCAGAAUA